UCCUUCCCUUGUCUGGUGGGGUAUGAUGCCCCCGCCUCCACCUCCCCCCAACAACCAACCACCACCUCCACCCUCAGGACCUCUGCCACCAUGGCAACAGCAGGCCCCUCCCCCACCACCCACCAGCAGCAUGGCAACCAGCACUCCACUGCCAUGGCAACAGAAUACAACCACCACAUCCACCCCUGCCACUGGAAACCUGCCACCCUGGCAACAGCCGCAGAUGUACGCACCUCCUCCCCCACCCCCACCCAUGGACCCUAACUUUGUGACCAUGAUGGGGAUUCCCGGUAUGCCACCUUACGGGAUGCCCCCUGCACCUCCACCGCCUCCGCCCCAGAGUUAAAGGCUCUAUUUAGUCUCUAUGGGCCUGUGACCAUGCAGUGAUGCCUAAAAUAUACAUCACAGAACUGUACCUAGUUCUGUUCAUUUCACAGCUUGAUGUGAUUAGUUGCUAAAGGUUUAUUUUUUUGAUGGCCUCGGUUCAGAUUUGUUUCCCAUGCUUGGACACAGAAAUCGAGCUAGUGAGAGGGACAGACGGUGUGGUUAAUUUUGUAAAUUUGCUUCAAUUGUUAAUGAUUUUUAACUAGUAUUUCUUCUGUUGGUUGAGUAUUUGUUGAACAUGUUGAUGUGCAGGGAAUGUGUGUUUGUUUUUGUUUCUGCCAGCCUGCUUUCAUGUUUUCUUUUUGAACCCUCUCCAGUUAGUAAAAAUGACAUCUGCUUAAGAUUCAGUUAGCAACAUUCCAACAGGUGUAUAAACAACCAUUUACACUCUUAACCAACUGUGCAUUUGUUGCUGCAUAGUACAAGGCAUUUAUGUCUUCAAGAUGUUGUAGAUGAUUGGCUUACUCUAUUAGGUGGUCCGUAUAAUUUUUGUUCUCACCUUGUAUCCCAUCCCUUGCUAAAUUGUUUUUAUUUAAAAGAACUUUUCAUUAAUUGCCUUCCAAAUGUAUUUCAAUAUUUUUGUAAUGAAGCAUUCAACUAAAUAAAAGUUGGCAUGGUGUUGAA